UGUGCGCUUGGCUGCCUGUGUGUGUUGUUGUUGUUGUGUGUGUGUGUGUGUGUGUAUGUUACGAGUCACUUCUCAUUCCACUAAUUUGGCAGAAGAGAGAGAGAGAGAGAGAGAGAGAGAGAGAGAGAGAGAGAGAGAGAGAGAGAGAGAGAGACACGGAGGACUGGCAGGCGGACGGCGGGGCCAUUUGGCGAGCCUCUGCGGUAUCUGGCGACCUGGAAAGCGGGACGCUGCCGCCGCUUCUUGCGCUCCGAGCAGCGGAGGGGAGACCUGCGGCGGACGGACAAACCGGGACGGCUGCAUUUUUUUUUUCAUUUCACAUUUCUCCCGAACAAAAACCCGAUCAUCCGCCGAGGCGCGUUUCGCUUCGUGCAGCCCAACCCGUCGCUUCUACCAUCGUGGUGCGUUUGCGCUCCGCGGAGACUCGCUGUAAUCUGCUCCUACAGGGACGAUCGGCGCUAUACUGAGUUGAUAACGACCUCUUUUUUAAAUAUAUAUAUUUACCUCACUAUAACACAGACUUCAGUGGAUUACUACGGAGCGCGUACCGGAAGAGGAGAGGUGCACCGACCGUCCUGCUCGGGAUUUGGUGUUGCUUUUUUGAACAUAUAUAUAUAUUUUUAAUAGCCUACACAGGGACCGUGCACUCAUCCCCGGAGCCGAGCCGUCUGCAAAGCGGCUGAACCCGGGAAGGAGGACUGCAACACCGGCAGCUGGGGCUCGGCGGCUCGGCGUGUGGAGCAGGUUGCAGGUUUUUGGUUUUAUUACAACGGGAGAGCUGCUGAAACCCUCGUCUGGACGUGCAGGGAAGAGAGAGAGAGAGGGAGAGAGGCUGAGGGUCUCUGCCUCCCACACGCCCCCCUCCUCCAUCCCACCCCGCCUCCCACUCCUCCUCCUCCUCCUCCUCCUCCUAAAUCUCUUUUUCAGCUCCACAAAUGGGUUAAAACCUCUCCCUCUCCCCUUCCAAACCAGCCACCCGGACCGAAUGCGAGCCUGGAGCAGCCCCUCACGCCUGCACCACCCGCCCUGCAGCCUCUAUAUGAUCAUCAGCCGUUUGCAGCCUCGCUCCGGCGCCCACCACCGUCCCUCCACCAUGCCGGCGGGGAUGAAACCGCUGGAGAAGUUCCUGAAGAAGCAGACGACGGCGCUGACCCGGGCCGGGGGCUUCGGCGGGGCGGAUAAGGCCGGAGGGACCGGGGCAUCACGCCGGCGGGCUAGCCUGUCUCGGGUCGUCCCGUUCUUCAGGGAGACCUCGCCGGAGAGCGGCCAGGCCCGGGAGGUGUUCAGCCCCGACAGCGAGGAUCCCCCCUCCUGGCCCUCGGCCACGGGGCCGCCCAGCACCGCUAACGCCAACGGCUCCAGCUCAGGAGGAGGAGACGUCCGCAGCCCGUCCCUGUCCAGCGACGAGCAGAGCUCCGAGGCCAGCCUGAUCACCGAGACCAGCAGCGGAGGAGGAGGAGGGGGAGGAGGAGGAGGAGGAGGAGGAGGAGGAGGAGGAGGAGGCUGGACUCCUCUUAAUGCCGACACACCUGACAACCUGACUCUGGCCCUGCUGGACAGUGUGGCCGGGAAACGCUACGGACACUGUACAGAAACCCUGCUGGAUGACUUCAUGUUGACACAUCCCAUUUUCCUGACGGCCGACAGGUUCCAGCAAGUUCUACUGCAGCAGUUUUCUCUGGAGACGGAGGGGAAGGACGGGGGAGUGGAGGCGGGGACGGAGGGGGGAAGAGGAGGAGGAGGAGGUGGAGGAGGAGGUGGAGAGGAAGGAGGUGAUGGGGAAGAAGAAGGUGAGGGGGGCGGCUGGCCGGGCGGGCUGGACGGAGCGGAGAGGAAGCAGGCGGUGCUGAGCAUCGCUUUCCGCUACCUGGACACCUACAGAGAGCUGCUGCAGGAGGAGGGAGACCGCAGCAACAGCUUCCCCAAGGAGCUGUACCUGUGUGCCGUGCAGGAGCUGAGUCGUUACCCCGAGCUGGUCGAGGACGUCCUGAAGCUGCAGAGAUGGACCGAGAUCCUGCACUGCCCGUCAGACGAGGAGAAGGAGAGCAGGAAGAAGCAGGUCCGUCCGCUGUUCAGACACUUCAGACGCAUCGACGCCUGCCUGCAGCCCAGAGAGGCGUUCAGGGGCUCCGACGAGAUCUUCUGCAGGGUGUACACUCCGGAUCAUUCCUACGUGACGAUCCGCAGUCGCCUGUCCUGUCGGGUCGGAGAGAUCCUGGCUCUGGUCCGGGAGAAGCUGCAGUACAGCGAGGAGCAGCCAGCGCUGCCGGGGAACCUCAUCCUGGUGGCCGUCACGUCAGCCGGAGAAAAGGCAGUGUUUCGGCCCAGUGACGAGGCCGUGUUCACCACGCUGGGAGUCAACACACACCUGUUCGCCUGUGAACCGUCUGAACUGGACUCACUGCUCCCUCUCCCUGAGGAGAUCCACUGGACGCCAGGCGACAGCAAAUUACACGACAUGUCGGCGGAGGAAGUGGCCAAUCAGCUGGUGGUGUUCGACUGGGAGCUGUUCAGCUGCGUGCACGAGGUGGAGUUUGUGUGCUACGUGUUUCAUGGCGAGCAGGCACGCUGGCGCCCCCUGAACCUGGAGCUGGUACUGCAGCGCUGCAGCGAGGUGCAGCACUGGGUCGCCACGGAGAUCCUGCAGUGCCAGUCGCUGCCCAAGAGGAUCCAGCUGCUGCGCAAGUUCAUCAAGAUCGCCGCGCUCUGUAAGCAGCAGCAGGACUUGCUGUCGUUCCUCGCUGUGGUUUUGGGGCUGGAUAACCCUGCUGUGAGCCGCCUGCGCCUCACCUGGGAGGGUCUGCCGGGGAAGUUCAGGAAGCAGUUUCAGCAGUUUGAAAGCACUGCGGACCCCUCCAGGAACCACAAGUCCUACAGAGACCUGAUGAGCAGCCUGAGACCCCCAUUGAUCCCCUUCACACCCCUGCUGCUGAAAGACUUGACGUUCCUCCAUGAGAGCUGCAAGACGUUUCACGGCGAGCUCGUCAACUUUGAGAAGAUGCAUAAAGUGGCAGAGAUGGUGAGGACGAUAAGACGCUACCGGAGCACGCAACUAGCCAUGGAAACGGAGCCCUCCCCCUCCCACCUCCAGACCAAGGCCUACGUCCGCCAGUUACAGGUGAUCGACAACCAGAACCUGCUGUUCGAGAUGUCCUGCAAGCUGGAGCCCAAAGACAUGUAGAGAGAGGAGAGAGAGAAGGAGAGAGAGAGAGAUGGAGAGAAGGAGAGAGGGAGAAAGAGGGGGAGGUAUCUGGAAAGAGAGGAAGAGAUGGGAUGGAUUGACAAGAAGGGGGAGAAAGGCGGUCAUGUUCUUCAAGAUACUGCUGUCCAAAGACAAUAAUACAAGGAGUGACGAGGAGAGAGAGAGAGAGAGAGGGAGAGACGGAGAGAGAGAGAGAGAGAGAGAGAAGGAGGUCCGGGGAGGUGAAGGAGCAUCACAUUGGACAUGGUUUCUCCUCCUCCUCGUGCUGUAUCUGGAACCCAAAGACAUUUCGACGAAGGGGAGCAUCAAACUGGACGACUCCUCUCCUCCACGCCUCAUCUUUUCUUACGCCGCUCUCUCUCUCUCUCUCUUACACUCCUCCUCCUCCUCCCUCCUUCACCUCCUCCUCUGUCAGCAGCUGUCCAGUCUCAUCACUGCCAGUCUGUCUGCCUGCCUCAUUCCCUGUUUGCCGGUAAACCCCAGCUGCGAUUAGGACAGACGGACGGACGGAUGGAAACGCGGUCGAGAGUUUGAGCGACCGUUUUCGGCGGGUCGGACUGAAGCCCCGCCUCCACGUCGCAGCCGGGCCGGGCGUGGCGUGUCGGCCUGGGAAGCUCAAAGGAUCCAGGAGGCGACGGCGGCCGGCGCUCUUAAAAGCCUCAGCCGCAAAUCAUCUUGAGUUUCCUGCUUUUUUUUUUCAAAAGCUGCUAGUCGUCUCCACGGCAGGAAUGUUUUUCCGGGGCUGCUUGAGGUUUUCCAGAACCUCCAGCGAAAAUAUGUUCUCGUUAUCGAACUUUUAAGUCUCCGCGGCGUUGUCUCGUUGAAUCGUCCCGGAAGCGCCCGAGACCUUCGCCAGAUCAAGAAUAAAUAUACAAACCUUGAAAUGUGUCUAAAAUUCAGCCGAGGGGCGACAGGCUGUUGCAGAACGUUUUUGUCUCUGGUUCGGCCGUGAUCACAUAGGAGCCAUUUUUUUCUUUCUAAUAACCGGUGAGCAAAGCAGCCGUGAGCGUUGCCGUAGGAACGGAGAGGUCAAAGGCUGUAAGAGGUGUCGCGUCUUUCUUGUUUCUGAUUGGUGUGAUUAUCUCGGUUUAAAAAAAAAAAGAAAAAAA